AUGAAUCCGUUUGCGCGCGUUCUGGAUGCUGACCUCGCGAAGCUCGACGAUCGUCAUCGCUUGACACUCCGCUCGACUUUACCUACGAUCAAAAGGAUUGACUCGUCUGCCCAGGCGGGCCCCUCUCGCUCUCAGAAGAGCGCCGCCCAGGCUCCCCCUCCCUCCCCAUCCGUCUCGGGCUUCAACCCCUCGAGGACGCACUUUGCCCUCGCCCUCCCGGUUCUCGGAUCGGCGGACAAGGUUCAAGUUUGGGACGUCGCUGCCGACGCUGUCGUCGCCGAGUGGGAGGUUCCGGGCGCUGCCCAGGUCUCUGCCCUCUGCUGGGCGUCCGUUGCUUCCUCUGGUGCUGCCAAGAAGCGGAGACGGCGGAAGUCGCUUCCCGGUGACGGUGGUGAUGAGGACGUCCUCCUCAUCGCCACCAACAAGGGAACGACGUCAAACCUUCUCUCCUACAUUCCCCUGAAGGGAGAAGUCAUUCGAUCAUCCCCUCUGCCUGGCAAGGCUACCGCUGCUUGGUCUGACGAGCACGGUGUCAUUGUCGCAACGGACGAUGAGCUGCUCGUUCUCGGUCCCGAUGCGUCGAGCAUCUCGAACACCUUCGACCUGCCUUCGAGCUCCAACUCUCCGUCGGCAGUCGCUAUCCUUCCCACGUCCACCCCCGAGGUGCUUCACGUCAUUGUCGGAACCAUGUCAGUGACCGCUGUCCACCUCUCCCUCUCCUCUUCUUCUGUCUCCCACACUUCUUCCCCCAUCCCGGCUUCCACCACCGCCAUCACCUCAUUACAACCUCUGCCUCUGUCGCAGCAGGGUGCCUCCUUCCUUGUGGUCUCGGAGGGCGACCGGACAGUAUCCCAGUACACCUUCCCCUCCCCCACGGCUACCGCGAAGCUUUCCUACCGGUACGCCUCCCCGACGCUUUCGCCCGCGCACUCAUUGGCUGUCUCGCCCGAGCUCCUUUCCGUGCUGCACUUCUCUGGCGAGAUCUCCCUCUUCAACCUGCCCUCCGAGGUCGACUUUGCCCGGCCAAAGUCUGACUCGAAGCCCAAGGUCGUCAAGCUCGUCGAGGGCAAGGAGGAGCGCACUGCCCACCUUGUCCGCGCCGAGUUCGCCCCCGUCGAGCAGGGUGCUCCCGGAGCCCUCUGGUGUGGUCGCAUGGCCGGCGGUGGCCGCGUCAAGUGGUACAAGGCUGUGUUUGAGCAGCCCGAGGGCGGUCUCCGCCAGACUACUGUUGUCAAGUGUGACGCCCAGGACCUGGUCAACAACACUAGCGCCGCCGACGGCCCCUCCCUCCAGCGCUUCAAGGCGCCGGCCAACAUUAUUCAGGCUGCUGACGAGGACGAGUCUGAGCCCGCGGCGGCCCUGCCCACGGACGUGGACAUGGCUGACGCCUCGCUCGGCGAGCGUCUCCUUGCCCUGCCCAACGGAGCACAGGCCAACGGAGAGUCGCAAGCCGCGCUUGACGGGCCCGUCAACGCUGCGUCGCUCACUCGCCUCCUCGUGCAGGCGCUGCACACUUCGGACCCGGCCCUCCUCACUCUCUCUGCCGUCGCAGAUGGCUCUGCCUCUGCUCAAGGCGUGCGUCGAGCGCCUGGGUCAGGGUAA